AUGCCCAGCAAAGCGAAACGGAAGGGGCAGACGAGCCGCACGCUUGCCGACGAGGGUCUCCUCCGGGGCGUUAAGGACCCGCCUGCGUGGUUUGCCGAGCAGCGGCCACUUCACCAGUUCGGGGACGCCUUCCGGCUGUACGGGCUCCCCAGCCCUCGGGCAGCGCAGGUCCUCGGCAUUCUGGGUGCCAAUGGAUGCGGCAAGUCCACUGUACUCUCCAUCUUCUCGGGCAGCCUUCAGCCCAACCUUGGUGCAUCGGCGCCGCCCAAGGACUGGGUCCGUGCGGCGCCGGUGCGCACUGGAAUCAGGUCGCUGCUCGCCAGCCAACCGCGCGUUGCGUCCAAGCCGCAGUACGUCGAGGAGGUGGCCGCCAAGUACGCGGGCCGCCAUGUCGGCUCGGUGUUGGAGCAGGAGGACACGCGCGCAGCCGGCGCGGUUGUUGUGGAGCAACUGGAGCUCGCUCACUUGUGGGAGAGGACGGUGGAUACACUCUCCGGCGGCGAGCUGCAGCGCUUUUCGAUUGCGCUUGUCUGCGUGCAGACCGCAGACCUGUAUAUCGUUGACGAGCCCUCCUCCUUUCUCGACGUUCGGCAGCGCCACAAAAACAUCGAGUGGCUUUAUCCAGGCGACCGCUACGUCCUCGUGGUCGAACACGACCUCGCGGUGCUCGACUACCUCGCGGACAUGGUCGUACUCGUGGUUGGAGCGCCCAAUCAGUACGGGAUGGUGUCCUUGCCCUACCGCACGGGCGUCGGCAUCAACAUGUUUCUGCGUGGUGCCGUCCCUCGCGUCACCAGUGCAGGUGAGCUCCCGUUCCGCGAGACAGUCCUCGACUUUGGAGCCAGGGCGCCGCCACAGGUCGGGCCGUGCUGGCACUACCCGGCGGCAGUGAUCACCCGGCCGGGCGCCUUCCGGCUGCAGGUUGCGGCGGGGGCGUUCAACGCGGGUGAGAUUGUGGUGCUGCUCGGCGAGAACGGCACGGGCAAGACCACGUUCAUGAAGCUGCUGUGUGGGGAGGUCGACCCGGAUGGCGGGAAGGGGGUCUUUGAGCGCCGCCGCGUGGCGUACAAGGCGCAGGAUCCGGCGGAUCUCCGCGCGCGGCACGCGGGUACGGUGCAGGAGGCGCUGGCAAGCGCCGCUGCGGGCGAGUUGCCGCCGGCGGAGGAGCUCGAGCUCGUGGCGACAAUGCUUGAGCGGCCAGUCUCGUCGCUCAGCGGCGGAGAGCUGCAGCGGCUGGCGAUCGUGCUCGCCCUUUCCGUGGAUGCCGAGGUCGUCCUGAUGGACGAGCCCUCCGCGUAUCUCGAUGCCGAGCAACGCAUCGCCACUUGCCAGGCCAUCCGACGCUGCAUCUCGCGGACUGGCCGAAUGGCGCUCGUGGUGGAGCACGACUUUAUGAUGGCCAACUACCUCGCCGACCGCGUGGUGGUCUUCUCGGGCGAGCCGGGGCGCUCCUGCGCCCUGUCCGCGCCGCUGCCGGUGGAGGAGGGUAUGAACUCGUUCCUGGCGCACGUGGGCGUGACCUUCCGCUGCGAUCACGACAGCGGACGGCCGCGGGUGAACAAGCCGCAGAGCGCCAAGGACCGGGCGCAGACGCGGGCCGGGACCUACUACGUGCUUAACGCGGUGGGCGAAGAUUAG